AGCGGGGCUGAACCGUAAACCCGACAACCCGGCCUCCUAAUUCCGCCUUUGUUCCGUUAUUGGAGCUCGUCGGCGUGGCAGUCGCACUUGGUGUUGGAGCUCGAAUUCGGCCUCCAUUUUUGUUCCCUUCGGUCUGUCCUUCGAGCUCGUCACUGUCGCAGUCGCACUUUGACUUGUGUUGAAGAGCUGAACAGUGAAGAACACUUUUGCUAUGAGUAUCGGAGCUUGUGCUGAGCUAUCGCGUUGCGUUCCUGGUGUUUCCAUCAGACCAAGGUCUAACAAGUACAGUGAGAGCUGUCAUUGCACAAGCAGCUGCAAUGUUGGCAGAUUUGCAUCCGCAUGUGGAGCAGUUGAAGAAUUGAGAAUUGGAUCAAUUGCUUGGUGCAACACCGUAAAACCUAUGUCGAGGGAUGGUGUCAUAGCGGGUGCUUCAAACAACAACCAAGGUCUUACCUACAAGGAUGCUGGUGUUGAUAUUGAUGCUGGCUCAGAACUUGUACGAAGGAUAGCAAAAAUGGCACCUGGAAUAGGAGGCUUUGGUGGUCUUUUCCCUCUUGGUGAUUCAUAUCUUGUUGCUGGCACUGAUGGUGUGGGUACUAAAGUGAUGCUGGCUUUUGAAACUGGAAUCCAUGAGACUAUUGGGAUUGAUUUGGUCGCAAUGAGCGUCAAUGAUAUUGUUACUUCUGGGGCAAAGCCACUAUUUUUCCUUGAUUACUUUGCCACAGGCCACCUUGAUGUUGAUGUUGCUGAAAAGGUUAUAAAAGGAAUCGUUGAUGGUUGCCAGCAAUCUGAUUGUGUGCUCUUAGGAGGAGAGACUGCAGAGAUGCCUGGUCUCUAUAAAAAAGGUGAGUACGAUCUUAGUGGCUGUGCAGUUGGCAUCGUAAAGAAGGACUCCGUCAUCAAUGGGAAGAACAUAGUUGCUGGUGAUAUUCUUAUUGGUCUCCCAUCUAGUGGAGUUCAUUCUAAUGGCUUCUCUCUUGUACGAAGAGUGCUUGCUCAAAGCGGUCUUUCAUUGCAAGAUCAACUUCCUGGUGGGGAUGUUUCAAUAGCAGAAGCUCUGAUGGCCCCGACUGUUAUUUAUGUUAAAAAGGUUCUUGACUUAAUUAGCAAGGGAGGGGUUAAGGGAAUUGCUCACAUCACUGGUGGUGGUUUUACAGAUAACAUACCCAGAGUGUUUCCUGAAGGCCUUGGCGCCAAUAUAUACAAGGACUCAUGGGAAGUUCCUCCUGUGUUCAAAUGGCUUCAGGAGGCUGGAAAUAUAGAAGACAGCGAGAUGAGGCGAACAUUCAAUAUGGGCAUAGGGAUGGUACUUGUAGUGAGCCCUGAAGCAUCAAUUAAAAUACUUGAGAAUAGGGACGAACUGGACAAAGUCUACAAAAUUGGUGAGGUUGUAAGGGGCAAUGGAGUGAGCUAUAGUUAACUGAGGUGUUUUGCCUGUGAUCAUAUGUUACUUUUUAAGCACAUUCCCCUGACACAAAUUUCACGUUUUAGAUCCAGGUAACUGGUUUUUUUGGAGCCUUGUUUCCUCUACAUAGAAGUUCCUGAGUUUGCAACAUUUUAUGAUGCACUAAUAAUUUAAUUGCUCGUAAAGAUGUUCAAUUUUACUUUUUGUAUUGCAAGUCAUUUAGUUUCAAUGAUCCUGUCAUGUA